UUUCACUUCCGGCUAUUCAGGGAAGGGUUGAUACCUGUCAGACCCUGACGAGUGAACGGAGAAAGGGAAUGGUUUUAAUUAGACUGCUCGUACAUUGAACUUAUAAGAAAAGUUAACUGAUGAAUUAAACCAAUUAUUGGAGUUUGCAGACGACCAUGUCCCAGAAAGGUAGAACAGCUUUAGUUACCGGGUUUGGCGGGUGUAUUGGGUCCGCCAUUGCUGUGUCAUUAGCUGAGGCUGGAUUUGCUGUAGUGGGCACCGACCGGAGUCUGUCAGACAGCGUCAAACAAAACAUGGAGAAAAUCAGAGAGAUAUCUGGCAAGGAUGUCCUCUUCUUUGAGUGUGAUCUUCUAAAUAGGGAGAACAUUGACCACUUGUUUAAUACUAUAGCGUCCGAAUUCCCAUCUGGAAUCGACAUAUUGGUAAACAAUGCAGCCUUGACUGAGCGCCGUUCAAUGGAAGAGAAAACUGUGGAGACCUGGGAUAAUGAAAUGGCGGUAAAUCUGACGGCUCCAUUUCUCCUGUCCAAACACUUCGUCAAAUCCAUGAAAGAGAAAGGGUGGGGCCGAAUUAUAAACAUGUCAUCGACGAACGGACUGCUCACCUGGCCAUGUUUAAUCGGGUACUGCACUUCUAAGACAGGACUUGUUGGCCUCACUAAGGCCAUAGCAGCGGAAAUGGCGCCGUACGGGGUGACUUGCAACGCCAUCUGUCCCUAUGUUGUUGAUACUCCUUUUAUUCACCCCUUUCUGGAUUCGUUGAAGAAAGAAACUGGACAGUCUCGUGAGGAAAGUUUGGAAGGUAUUCGAAAUUCUGUUCCGACAAAAACGUUGACCACACCAAAACAGAUCGGGGACUAUGUAGUCUUUCUGUGUUCACCAGCUGCUAACAACAUGACAGGACUGACCACGCCCAUGGAUGGCGGGUUCAGCAUCGUGUGAGAUGACGUCAUAAUUAGCGAACACACUCCUGGAUAACAAAGUUUUGAGAAGAAUAUCGUAUCUGUUUUAAUACAAAAAAUCAAUGUAGAUACAUGAAGCAAAAGUCAUCUGAACAUUUUGAUAUAUAGUCAUUGCCCAAGAGAAAGCUAAACAAAGAUACAUGUAUGUGCAAGAAAAUACAAGAAAAACUGCUUUUUGAUUAACGGACGGUUGAACAACGAUGAUAUUCAACGUUGUAUCUAUUUUAAAAAAAAAGCUAUAAUUGUGUAAUUUUACUUUGCUUUUUAGGAAAUAAAAUUGUUGUUUUUAUCAG